AUGAGCGGCCUCGACUACGCCUCCCUCCUCUCCAUCCCCAUCAGCUACGCAACCUGCUCCCUCGGCUCUCCCAGCUCCCCGCCACCCCUCCUCGACCGCCUUCACGCUAUAUCAAUCGCAGGCUUCGCCGCCGUCGAACUCUCCUUCCCCGACAUACUUUCUUACGGCCAAACACUGCUCGGCCACGAAGUCGACCCCAAGAACUACGAUGAGCUAUGCAAAGUCGCUGCCGCUAUCAAGCAGGAAUGUGAUCAGCGCAAGCUCGGCAUCAUGAUGCUGCAGCCUUUUGCCAACUUUGAAGGCUGGCCCCAGGGCUCGGACGGGAGGAGAGAUGCGUUCGAGCGCGCCAAGGGCUGGAUAAGGAUCAUGCAGGCGUGUGGAACCGAUAUGUUGCAGGUUGGUUCAAGCGAUACCCCACUUGAGAAACUGGAUAGCAGUCGGAUGGUUGUGGAUCUACAGGAAUUGUGCGCCAUGCUCAGCGAACAUGGCUUCAAAUGCGCAUAUGAGAACUGGUGCUGGAGUACACACGCACCAGACUGGAAGGAUGUGUGGAACAUUGUGAAGGAAGUGGAUCGGCCGAAUAUUGGUUUGUGCUUGGAUACUUUUCAGACGGCUGGUGGGGAGUGGGCGGACCCAAGAACAAAGUCCGGAUUGCUGGAGGAUGUGUCGAAAGAUGAGCUGGAGAAGAGGUUCCAAAAGAGCCUCGAUAACCUUGCUACCACGAUUCCGAAAGGGAAGAUCUUCCUGCUGCAGAUUAGUGACGGGUACAAGGUGCCUCAGCCGUUCAGUGCGGAACGAGAUGAUUCCGGUCUACUGCCUCGUGGACGAUGGAGUCACGACUUCCGACCACUCCCAUACAACGGGGGAUACUUACCCGUUGUUGAUGUCGCAAAGGCAGUACUGCGAACAGGCUUCCGCGGCUGGUUUAGCUACGAGGUUUUUGAUGGCGGCGCAGAAGGCAAAGGCAAGGACGCAGACAUUGUCGCGUACGCGCAAGCUGCGAAGAACGUUCAGGGUAGGUUACUUGCAGAAUGUGCUGGCCAGAAGAUUUCCGAGCAGACUGCCACACGUUGA